AUGGAUGAGGUUCUGUUCGCUUACCUUGCUGUGGCCACUCAUGCAAAGGUUUACGUUGAUGGUGUAGCUAACUACAGAAGAUCUGGAGUGGGGCUAGUCCUAAUAUCCCCAGAAAGGAUCACAAUCAAGAAAUGCUUGAGAUUGGGAUUCUCGGCUACAAACAAUGAGGCUGAGUACGAAGCCCUCUUAGUAGGGAUGACCAUGGUUCAAAAAAUGGGUGGAAAAGCAGUGGAGAUGUUUUCUGAUUCAAGGCUGGUGGUAGGUCAGGUCCAAGGGGAGUUGGAGGCAAGGGAUCCUAGAAUGCAGGAGUAUUUGAGCCAGGCUGAGGUUGUCAACAAGAUUAUAGUGAGUGGACUCAAAAAAAGACUAGACGACGCAAAAGGGAAAUGGGUAGAAGAAUUACUACAUGUCCUUUGGACCUACCGGACUAGACAUUGUAGAUCUACUGGAAAGACGCCUUUCUCAAUGACCUAUGGUGCCAAAGCUGUCAUUCCUUUGGAGACUGGGUUCCCCACACUUAGAACAAGUUCUUUCGCUCCGGGCGGCAACGAAGGGCUGUUGGAAAAGAGCCUGGACUUAAUUGAAGAACAGAGAGAAAAUGCCAGGGUCCAAUUAGCUUAUUACCAACACAAGCUCAAACAAAGAUAUGAUGCUAACGUGAAGCUAAGGCCACUGGCACCUGGAGAUUUGGUUCUAAGAAAAGUUAUGGGGAUUUCCAAGAACCCAACAUGGGGGAAGUUGGGACCUAAUUGGGAAAGGUCCUAUCGUAUUACAUCAGUGGCUGGGAUUGGUGCUUAUUAUCUAGAAGAUCUAGAAGAAAAGGCAGUACCACGCCCCUGGAAUGUAUAG